AUGUCGUUUUCAAGGGCAUACAACAAUGACGGCAGCGGAAGCCACAACAGAGAGUUAUCCUCAAGCUCGAGUACUGGCGCAUCGGGCUCUAUGAAAAGGUUCGGAAAGGGAAAAGACGUCACAAGGGAGAUAGCACUGCUUGACUUUAAUACUCUUGAUAUCUCAGUAUUGCGUCGAUAUAAAAGAAUACACCGCCUAAAGGUAAAUGAACCAGCUACGAAAGAGCAACUUGUUCAGGCAGUGAGUAAACAUUAUGCUGCCAUGAAACCCAUUGAAAAUGAAGUAAUAGCUACAUUUAUAUAUGCCGUUCAUAAUAAAGGUAAACCAACAGUGAAGAUGAAGAGAUAG